AUGGCUUCUCAAUUUUGUGGUAUCUCCGAAGAAUAUUUAAAAUAUCGUCAGUACAUAAUGCAUGCACUGUACGCAAUGGUAUUACUUCUCCCUUAUGAAUCGUUAAAGGGAAAAACUUGUGAAACAGGCACGUGUAGUAGAUUAGCCGGAUCCCGUUUUAUCACCUUUGUGUUUCAGCCUGUUGUUGGUGAUUCGUGGCCACCAGACUAUGAACAAACUAGAAAGUAUGGAAGGACAUUUAAAUUGAUAUCAAAUAAUGAACCUCAAGAUGGAGAUGAAAUAAAUGUGACUUUAUAUACUAAUGAUGACGAUGAUGACUCGAAAAUUAAUUUCACAAUUUAUUGGCAUAGUCAUAAAACUCUUUUGACACUGCUUGAAGAAACUGGAUUUGUAAAUGUCAAGUUUCAAAAUUGUCAGGUUAAACCAGAAGAAUAUGUUAAAAAUGAAGAGCAGUAUUGGAGAUAUCUGUUUAAAUUAGUUUAUCUUAACGAAAAUAGAAAGCACUCAGACCGUAUUUUCAGUAAUAACGCUCAAUAG